UCUUCCCAACCCCUAGUUUCAGCGAGAGGCUGUUUGUGCGGGAUUUACGGUCGUCAGUCUUAUGUCGGGAAUCUAAGGAUCAGCUUAGUUUCAGUUUUCGGUCCCUUGCCGCCUUAAUCACCCUGGCUACUCCUCAGGCAGUCAGGACUUGUAUUCCGGAGGGCCCCCACGUCCUUCUGAACCCUUCCGCACUGCGUCAUUAUUUGUGCGAUUAUACCGCUGACAAGGAGCCAAAAUGACCCUGGGCUCGACAUUGCCCGAUCAAAUGCUCAGGCAUUGGUCAGCAGUUGCCAUAAUAAUAAUAUCAAUCCAAAAUGGCGGAGGACGAUGGACCUCCACCAAACAAGAGGAACAAGUCGGAGAAAAAUAUUUUGAUUGGAGUCACUGGAAGCGUGGCGAGUAUAAAGUUACCGAAACUUGUAGAUGAGCUGCAUCGCUUACAACCAAAGCCAAAUAUCCAGGUUGUUGGAACAGAACACUCUAUGCACUUUUUUGAUAAAGACAAAAUUCCUGUGAAGGUUUUCAGUGACAAGGACGAAUGGGAGGCAUGGAGUACAAUGCAAGAUCCAGUUUUGCAUAUUGAGCUGCGACGUUGGGCUGACAUUUUGGUUAUUGCACCACUUGAUGCCAACACUAUGGCCAAAAUGGCAAAUGGUUUGUGUGACAACCUCUUGACCUGCAUAGUCCGUGCAUGGGAUCUUAAGAAACCUUUACUGUUCUGCCCAGCAAUGAACACUCUAAUGUGGGAACACCCAAUCACCUCUGAGCAGGUUAAACGACUAAUUAACCUAGGAUAUACAUAUGUCCCACCAAUCAAAAAGACUCUGGCAUGCAAGGACACUGGUAUUGGAGCAAUGGCUGAAGUUACAAGUAUUGUAGCAAUAGUAAAAGAUCACUUGGAAACAAUGAAAUGAUAUAGUAUAAAUUUCCUUUUUUUUUUAGUUUAUAAUAUCAACCAGAAUUCUGUAGGGUCAAGUUUACACAUUAC